AUGAAACAAGGCUAUGUCUAUGUCAAGCUGGUGAAAGUGGUGAUGGUAGGACCUGCCGGUGUUGGUAAAACCUGUCUUCUCUACCUCCUGCUCAGCAAGCACCCACCAGACCAAAGAACUAGCACUGGCUGUGCUGAGAGAUCAAUCCGAGUCAUUCGUAUCGGCAAAGAAUCAGGAGAAUGGAGUGAAAUUCCCACAAUAGAAUUUGAGGAAAUGAUUGCAGAGGCAGUCCCAGUUCUGUAUGAGGAGCUGAAGGCCAAAGGAAAGGGAAUGGACAAGCUAGCUGAGGUUCUGUCUGAAGUGGUGGGGGAAGGUGUUGGGGAGGAACAGAGUGUGGUUGAAGAUGGUGAAAAGAGAGAAGAUGGAGUAGUUGGGGUGGAUAAGGAAGGAGAACUUGGCGAAGGCCUCAAGGAAGAGAAAACAGAGUCAAAAGAAAGUAACACAGAAACUAACCCCAGCACUGCCAGUGCCGAGGAAAGGACAGUCACAAUCAGCAAAGUCAUUCAAAAGCUCACUCAACUCGUGAGGGGUGGGAAAAAGUCACGUCGUCUCCUGGACAUGGAUCUGAUCUACCUGACCGACAGUGGAGGCCAGCAAGCCUACUGGGACCUCACCCCUAUCUUCAACUUUGACAACACAGCCACUCUGUUUGUCCACCGGCUGUGUGAGAAACUUGAUGAACACCCUCGCAACGAUCUCUACCAGAGAGGGAAGCAGCUCAUCCUAGAGGCUCUGGCCCUCAAACUGGGGAGAGAGGUACUGAGUAAGCAAGAAGCCAAUCACGUGUCAGACUCACUCGGUUUCCCUGAAGGGGAACUUGAUGCUGCCCUUACUUUCUUUGACAAGUUGAACAUCUUCCUCUACAAGAAGACCAUUCUUCCCGAAGUCGUCUUUACCAAUGCUCAAGUGCCUCUGGACAAACUCUCAAAACUGGUGGAGAAGCAGUACCAUCUGAAUGCUGCCGUGGCUGAUCCAGCGAAAGCAGCUGAUAAUGCAAUCACAGGGGACUGGCAGAAGUUUCGCGACAACGGAAUCCUCACUCUUGAUUUCCUUGAGGACUUCAAGAACCACUAUGUGGAGGGAAUAUUCACAGCCAGAGAUUUUCUUGUCUUGCUUGAAAAGAGCCUCGUGGUUUCCCAACUGUCUAGAACUGAAUACUUCUUUCCUGCCAUUCUCAACAUGACAACUGAAGAAAAGAUCAGUGAAUGCCUUGAAACGUGCAGUAGGACCAAGAUAGCAGCUCUGGUGGUGGAGUUCCCCACUGGCUGGGCUCCUCCCGGUGUCUACUGCUGCAGUGUGUGCCACCUGCAGUCCCACUCUGGCUGGGAGGUGGUGGAAAACAGACGCAUAAAACCACAAAGCAGAGCUUCUGCUGCAACCAAUGCCUCCUCGGGCUUGAAGGAGAAUAAGCUACCUCUCCCUCCACCAAGCAAAGGUUCCAGUGCAUCUCAUUCUUCCUUGUCGCGCAACUGCAUCGAGUUUGAUAAAAUCGACCGGCCUGGUUCGGUGACUUUCAUUGAUAAGUUUUCCUCUUUUGUGGUGUGUGUCAAUGUUGAUACCAGUAAGAUGCAGGGGGACCAGUUGAGCGAGCACUGCCAGGCCAUCAGGACGAGUCGUGCAGCGACAGAACUACACGUGGCCCGCCUUUCAAGCAAUAAAAAGCAGUGGAUAUGUUCAGAGAACAAAGGAGUAUUUGACAGCCUCACCCCUGACCAGACCCUUUGGCUCAGUACAUCAGGUGCAGGAGGAGGCUCAUCAGGUGAGUCAGCCCCUGCAAUGAGUGUCCUUGCAAACCGGGUGGCAGCAGUCAUUCCCGACAAGUGGAAGAAAGUGGCCCUAGGUUGCAGCACUAGCUCUCAGAGACGCGGAGAGAUGAUACAAGGUGCAAGGAAUGGCUACGUUCCGAUCGACGAGCCCGGCGUGCCGUCAGGUCGACGGAGGCUCCGUGUGAGUGGGGCCUUCCUGAGGUUCCUGGGAGCUGGCUUCGCUAUCCUGGCUGCUAUCGUCUCGUCCAUUCUUCAUCACCUACUGGGUCCAUGGCUUCGGGUACAGUCUCCUCUACAUUGUCUGGCAGUUGUGGCUUCUUCUCCCCAGGACCACGUCGUGUACGAGAGCCGGGGAAGGGGUGUGGGCGGGGCGGACGAGGCAGCUGAUGAUUACCUCAGCUGUGCUGUCCUUCAUCUCUUUCUCCUCCGCCUAUGCCUGGUACUACUCUCUGCCCAGAACCAAUGCAAUACUGAGAUAGCCCUAGCCCUAUGCCUGUGCAAUACUGAGAUAGCCCUAGCCCUAUGCCUGUGCAAUACUGAGAUAGCCCUAGCCCUAUGCCUGGCCCAGACUUUCACUGGAGAAGGAAAGAGGGUCUGGUUGGAUAGUGCCAUACAGGCAGACUUUCACAUGGAGGAAGAGGGGUCGGGUGUUAUAGUGCCCUACAGGCCAGACUUUCACAUGGAGGAAGAGGGUCUGGUGUAUAGUGCCAUACAGGCCAGACUCUUCACAGGAGAAAGAGUUAACCAGCACAAUACAGCUAUCUACCAGGCAGCUGCGUGGGGUCUUCUCUUCUCCAUCUUCUCCUCAGAGAGAGGGUCACUGUCCUCAAGAUCGUGGCGGUGGUGGUGUCAGUGGUGGAGUGGUUCUAGUGGCUGUUUACUCCACAUCAGUUCCUGUCACUCAGCAGUAGCGCAGUCUCCAACCACACAUCGCCAGUCAACUCUACCACGUCUCUCAUGGUCACUAGAGGACCCAGGAGUGUCCUUAGAGAGGUGUCCUCAUUUCAGGAGUGUCCUUAGAGAGGCCCUGUUCUACAGCGUCGUCUCCUAUGCUGUGUUUGAAGUGGGCUACAAGAAAUGGGGGUCUGAGGAGGGAGACCCUGCCUCUGUUGCCAAUAGUCUCCGUUUCCUUGGUUACCUCGGGAUAAACACUCUCGCCUGGCUCUGGCCCGGAUUCCUCAUACUCCAUUACUCCGGAGUGGAGUCAUUUGAAUGGCCUCCCUAUGGUAAGCCAUCUAGUGUGACUAACAUUUCAGGGAGGGUUUUUCAGGAGGGGGGACAGGCACAGCAGGACUUUGAGAAUGUAACCCAGACUGUAGUUUGUGCUGGGUAA